AUGCUUGCUCCCGAUCAAAGACUAGAUGUGACGGACGAAUCCCCUGUGGCCAAUACCUUGCUAGGGGAAGACUUUGUACAUCGGAUAGACCAUAUGCCCUCAAGAGGCGAUGUGCCCUUCCAAAUCAUGAGCUUGCUCAUCAGAAUUGCGGCGCCGCUAGAGAGGUCCAUGGGGAGAUUGAUGCCGUCGACGCCCGACCAGAAAAUUUGUCUUGGUCGGCUCUGGGACACGACGUGGGCAGAUGGACAACACAGCGCUGAACUGAGUAGGCAAUCUGACGAUAGUGCUUGCGACCGGGCGCCACUGGACGAGGACUCAGUGCCCCCAGCUCAACAGCAGCCGAUAGAAUCGAUGAUCAAUGCUGCAAAUACGCAGCAAAUGAACUCGUUUGGUCUGAGUGGUGGAUUUCUCUGGAACGACUUUGCCUCACUCGAGUGCCACAAUCCAUUUGAGUACGAGAAUCUGACGCAUCUUUUCUGGUUUCCUGACGCAUUCAUUUCCGAGGAUGGGGUUCUUGGACAAGGAACUACCCAGAGUUCUGUCAAUGGCGCACAUAAGCAAAACGGUGCGGGCAACAAUGUGGAUCCAUAUGCAGACUGGACUUUGGACCCAGUAGUCGCUGACGGACUCCGCGACACUGUUUCUUCUCGGAUACAUGUCACGGUGUCCAAGGCACUUGAUCAAGAUCUUGUGAGAAAGAUUCCACAUCUGUUUCCGCCUCUACAGACCGUCCAGGCAAUCUUUGCAGAAUAUCAUCGGAAUCUCGCCUUGCAGUAUCCAAUGGUACAUCCAAGUACCUUCUUUGAAUCCACCUGGGAAGAAGAUGAGGCUUAUUCUGACAUCGGCUUGUUCUUUUCCACUCUAAUGACCUUUGGUUGCCUCACUAUCCCUGUGCAGGAAGCUCGAUCGUUCGCGAUUCAGCUGGCCUUCCUCAUACGCAACAUGAUCAACGAGACAAUGACCAGGGACGAAAAUCAGAUCAAUGAUAUCUGGACCAUGAGUACCGCGCUAAGGGUAACCGUGCUCAGCGCGUGGUGUGGCAACGAAAGACACGCGGAACUUGCAGAGGCAUUUCGGGGUACCUUUUCAACGGCAUUUCUCCGCCGAGGUUAUUUCAAGUCUGCCGCUUCCGUCGAUUCGCUGAGUGAUGACUCCCACUUCGCCGAUUGGGGAGCCUGGAUAAACAGAGAGCGGAAGACUCGAAUGGGUUAUAUCUGGUAUGUUGUAGAACAAGAAAUUGGCCUCUUCCACUGUUUAUCCCCAACAAUCCACUUCUCGGAUAUGCGCAGCCCUAUUCCCUCUGCGGAUGAGCUCUUCUUUGCAGAGACCGAGGAUGAAUGGAGCGCAUUGGUACAGAGCUACUGUCAGCUGGAAGGUCCAGGGAAUCAGUCGCGACUGCACCCACCGUCCCUAGCGGCGUUCUACUGCAUGUUCCUUCGACACGAUUUUCUUGAACUGCAUUGCCAUGUCACCGCCUUGCAGUUGAGGUUUUUGCUGUGUGCUAUUCAGACUCAAGUCACUCAGUUCGUCCAAAGUAAUCGCUUUGUCAGUACAGAACAAUCCUAUGCCGACGAACCACAUUUCGAAUCAGGCAGUUUUGCAUCUCUGCGGCAAGAAGAACUGCAAAUCAUGCUCAUCAAGUGUGACAUCCAACUCCUCGCUGGCCGAGAAGGGCCUGCUGGCGCCAAGCCACUCAUACCACAAUUCCCGCGAUGGGUUCGAUCGCCAUCCUCGCUCAAGGCGCUGGCGCAUGUAGGCCAAGUCCUCAAGGUCUUACAGUGUCCAGAUUAUGUUGUCCUGCAACCGCUCUGGUGGCCCAUUGCUCUAUUCCGCGUUUCGUUGAUCAUGUGGGCUUAUGGCGUUGGAUUUAAGCUCCAACCAGGCCGCAUGCAACAGGCAUACGACCUGGAUUUUGAUGCUGCUCCUCGGAUAUCCCUGAACGAUCCCGAGCAAGAUUUCGGGCCCCAUGGGAGAGUGUUACGGUAA